AUGGAAGAAUUUAAUGAGGCCAUUUUCUCAUGUGGGCUUGCGGAUGUGGGCUUUGAUGGCCCCCAGUUUACUUGGACCAACGGUACGGUCUGGCAGCGUUUGGACCGGGCUAUUGCGAACUCAGCUUGGAUGGACACGUUUGACGUGACGAAGGUGUCCCAUCUAGUGCGGGGUAGAUCUGAUCAUGCCCCUCUCUUGAUCAAAUGUGGUAUGCAUAAGGCGCAUAGCUCAUCUUUCCGUUUUCUUAAUGUCUGGGCCAACCAUUCGAGUUUCAUGGAUGUGGUUCGGGACGCUUGGCAAGUACCUGUCCAAGCUGGGGGUAUGCUCGGUUUCCACCAGAGGCUGUCAAGCGUUAAACACAAACUCCGCUGCUGGAGCAGGCAGUCCUUUGGAGAUAUCUUUCAGACAGUCCAAGUGGCUGAGGAAACCUUGCGGCAUUGCCAGGAGGAGUUUGACGCGGCUCGGGAUGACAGCUCUCGGAUGCAGUUGCGGGAGGCUCAGGCUCGUUACGCUCGAGCUUUAGGCGUGGAGUGUGAGUACUGGAGGCAAAAAUCGGCAAUUAGGUGGAUCCAGCAGGGCGAUGCCAAUACCAAGUUCUUCCAUUCCAUCGUGAAGCAGCGAAGGAAUGCCAACUUUGUCUCACGGGUGAGGGAUGGUACGGGUUGCUGGCUAGAAGAGGAGGAGGACAUCAGAAACUCGGCAGUGCAGUACUUUGAAAAGUUGCUCACGUCGGAUCGGGAGGACCGGGCUACCCCAAGCCUGGAUUUCCCGCUCCCCUCAAUAACAGCUGCGGACAAUAUGAUGUUCCAGCAGCUGCCGUCGCUACAGGAGGUAAAGGAGGUAGUUUUCUCGAUGUCGAAAGAUAGUGCGCCGGGGCCGGACGGAUUCGGGGCAGGUUUCUACCAGGAGUGUUGGUCAAUUAUCCACAGGGAGCUCCUCGAAGCAGUUCAGGAAUUCUUCAAGGGGGCCCCCCAACCCAGAGGCUUCUCUAGUGCAUUGAUUGUGUUAAUCCCAAAGGUAACGGGAGCGGCCAAAUGGCAGGAGUUCAGGCCGAUUAGCUUGUGUAACCAAAGCUCCAAAAUUAUCUCCAAAGUGCUAACAAAUCGCCUCAACCUGAUACUCCCUAAUCUUAUCUCAUCUUGGCAGUCAGGUUUUGUCCCAGGUAGGAGCAUUGCUGACAAUAUUCUAGUGGCACAGGAGCUAGCACAGGAUAUUGAUAGGAAACUGACAUGUCCGAACUUGAUGCUUAAGCUAGAUAUGGAGAAGGCGUAUGACAGGGUAGAAUGGAGUUUCCUUAUAUUUAUGCUCCGCCGGUUUGGGUUUCAAGAGUGGGGGGUGGAUCUCCUAUUUCGGACGUUGUCAAAUAAUUGGUUCUCGUUGCUUAUCAAUGGCUCCUCGGCAGGAUACUUCAAAUCCUCUAGGGGGGUGCGACAAGGUGACCCACUCUCUCCAGCAUUGUUUCUUCUGGUGGCCGAAUUCUUGGGUUGGGGAAUGCAUCACCUGUUCUGUCAGGAUGAGAGCCGAUUUUAUGUCUCCCCUGGGUUGCGGGUCCCUUAUUUGGCGUUUGCAGAUGAUACCCUGGUCUUCACACGGUGCUCUGAGGGGGGGCUGACUUCUCUCAAGACAUUCUUUGAUUCGUACCAAGCGUUCUCUGGUCAGAAGAUUAAUGCCCACAAGAGCUGUUUUAUUCUGUCUACCCGGGCGUCCUCUACACAUGGGUCAAUGGUGGCUUCAACGCUACAUUUUCAGCAACAGUUCCUCCCGUUCACGUACCUGGGGGCCCCAGUCUUCAAGGGACGAACGACGUGUGUUUUGUUUGAUCCCCUUGUGGCUAAGGUGCAGGCCCGGCUAUCUCAUUGGAGCUCGCGAUUGCUCUCGUCAGGGGGUAAAUUGGUGCUUCUGCGGCAUGUUCUUACCUCGAUGCCUAUGUACCUGCUGCAAGUUAUGGAUCCUCCUCGGGCAGUUUUGCUCAGGUUGGGAAAAUUGUGUAAUGCGUUUCUUUGGGAUAAGCCCGCUGGCACAAGGGGCAUACACUGGACUUCUUGGGAAACGAUCUGCUUCCCGGUGGCUGAGGGUGGACUGGGUUUUCGCUCCUUUGCAGACAUGUGCUCGGCCUUUGCCUGUAAAUUAUGGUGGCGGCUACGCAAAAAUGAAUCACUUUGGGCGAGUUUCAUGCACGCCAAAUAUGUUCGAGGCAAGCACCCGAUCCAAGUGACGGUAGCCAGGCCUUCGCCCACAUGGAGGCGGCUGGAGGGAAUCAGAAGGGUUGCGGAGAACCACAUCAGGUGGUGCGUGGGUAGAGGGUUUGUAGAUUUGUGGUAUGAUCGUUGGCUCUUUGAAGUCCCGCUAGCCGACCUUGUUUCCAUUCCUGAUCCGCCCCACAUGCUGCUCGCAGAAUUCUUUGACGACAGGGGUUGUAAUGUAGAGAAACUGCAGCAAUGGGUACCGGCUCAGUUGGUACAUCAGAUCCAGGAUAUUCAGUUAUUCCCCGAGCAGCAGGAUCGAAUGGUUUGGGUGGGCUCACCCACGGGGGAGUUCGCAACCAAGGCUGCUUGGGAGGUUUCUCGGCUCAAACAUAAUGCCUCGAUGCUGGAUGGGUUCGUUUGGACAAGGAUUGUGCCACUGAAAAUAUCAUUCUUUGCAUGGAAGGUUUUACGUAACUUGAUCCCCUUGGAAACGGUUCUGCAACGGCGAGGAGUUCCCCUGGCCUCACGCUGCCCGUGUUGUUUAUUGGAACAAGAGUCGCUAGUCCAUCUCUUCGUCAAGGGCCCCGUAGCAAGGGAGGUUUGGCGUUCCUUUUGUCAGAGAUUUGGGAUUAUUGAUCCUCGCUUCUCAUCAGUAUCUGCGAUGGUAUUGGCAUGGCUUACCUCGACUUCAUUGGUAUCUCGGGACCAUAUCAGGACUGUCGUUCCAAUAGUCAUACUGUGGUUCCUAUGGAAGGCUAGGAACAAGGCGCUUUUUGAGGGUGAAAUCUUUGAGGCUCGUAGGGUGGUGUCGGCGGUCGACGAAUUCGUAAAGCAAUUGGGGGCGACAGCAAGACUUUCGGCAGCACAUUUCCGAGGUGACAUGGGGGACCCAUGGAUCGGACGCUGCACCCGACCAGUGAAACGGAAGACGGCGCAGGCGGUGUCUUGGAGCCGCCCUCCGUGGCAACAUGUCAAGUUGAAUACGGAUGCUAGUGUUUCUAACAAACGCGCGUAUGGGGGUGGUUUGCUUCGCGACUCGGACGGUCAAUUAAUUUUUGCCUAUUACAAGGAGUUUGGGGAGUUGGACGUUCUCCUGGCAGAAAGUACUUCAUUGCUACAUGGACUUCAGCUUUGUAGUGACCUAGCCCCGGGACCCUUGCUGGUGGAGGUGGACUCUAAGAGCCUGGUUGAUCUGCUCAAUGCGGGAGCGACGUCCAAUUGGCCCUUGUGUAACACGUUGCGUCGUAUCCGAGCUCUGCUUUCCUCACUUUCGGCAGCAGUAUCUCAUAUCUUCAGGGAGGCAAAUGCGUCGGCGGAUGCGCUCGCUGGGUUGCGGAUGCCGUCGGAACUUUUUUGUACUUCGCUCCCUCAGCUUCCGCGUGGUGUGCGAGCUAGGGUAUGCCUAGACAGCCGCGAGGUCUCUUCCCUGCGGUGGCAACCCGGUUAG